GGAAACAAUGAUAUUCCAAAUCGACCUGAAGUGUUUUUAGAUGAAUCAUACUGCCAUCUUCAUCACACUUCACCUAACACUUGGGUUCCUCAUCAGGGUGUUGUUUUAGCACCGGGUCGUGGUCCACUUCUCGUAAUUUUUGGAGCAAUUGUUGUUUUUCGAAAUGGAAACCAUAACAAAACAUAUGGUGAGAUUGUUCCAAACUCAAUUUACAUUUGGGAUCCAGCAAUCAAACCACAAUCAAGUCGAGGACGAAAACGAUCUAAUUUAGAAGCUUGGGAUAAUAUUCCUGACAUUCUUAGAGAUACUGCAAUUGUACCUGAUCAGAUAGAUUAUCAUGGCAAUUUCAAUGCUGAAAUUUUUGAAUCUUUAUUUACGAAACUAUGUGCCACAGUUGAAGAAAAAUAUGGAGGAGUUGAUAUUCAUAUGGAUGGCGCACGCUAUCAUAAAAGGCGAAUCGAAAACAUACCUACCUCUGCUUCAAAGAAAUCUGAAAUUAUCGAUUGGCUGACUCGUAAAGAAGUUGUUGUCCCUAUUGAUGCAUAUAAAGCAGAACUUCUCGAGCUUU